CUAUAGAUUAGAAUGAGAUGAAGGGAAAAGGAACAAUAUCCCUCUCCCUUCUUUAUACGCUGCACAUGCUACCUUCAGUAGCUCCUGUUCUGUACUGCUAUGUUUGUGAUGAUUGUCCUGAGUCUAGUCUCAGGCCACUCCGUCACAUGUCUGCGUGCCCUGAUGACAGCUACGUUUCAUGCAUAGCAACUCUCACUACUUUCGCAAACUUUAGGACAAUCAGCCGUGGAUGUAGUAAGGCUCCUGCUGUUUCACGUAGAAGGGAGAGAUACAGUAAAUACAAUGGAGCUGUCUGCUCACAACACACUGUCAAUAUUAUGAGGGCAACUGUUUGUCUGUGUGGUCGGGACACCUGUAAUGGGCCUAGUCUACCUCCAAAAGAUUUCUUGGAGAACGAAAGUGAUAUCAUAGACAUUGAUGAGGUUGUGAAAGAGAUGAACGAAGUCAAAGAGGUUAAACCGGCUCCAGUGGCCUCCAAAGCCUUUAGAGAUUCGGCAAUACCAAUUAUUUUUCUAAUUUGGAUAACAGUAAGAACUGGCUACAGGGUAAUAGUUGUUCCGACACCAAUACUAUUCGGAACAUAGUUUUUAAACUAGGAUAUCAAUAUGGUGUAUCUUACAUUGAGAGAAAUUGAUGAAGUUUGAUCCUGAACAUUCUUAUAUCUGGGGCAAAAUUUAAUUGUGUGUCUUUUUCUUAAAAUACAACUUCAACUGGUUUUAACAGUAAUAUUAUUAUCAUUUUGAUUUUUUUUAAAUUCAAGAUCUAUUUUGUAUUUGAAUUAAUCUUAUCUUCGCAUGAAGUUGUGAGCGUGAACGAGGUUAAUUUUAUUGAAUUGUUAAUAGUAUCUAUAAUAAAUGUAAAUAAGGAUAUACAUAUUUCAAAUAUACCGACCAAUAAGACAGUAAACUAACAAUUUCUAAAUCAUAUUUUUAAUUUUAAACUGGGAAAAGAAUUGAUUUCCCCUCAGUCCAAAAUUGUCUAACUUUCAUCCUAAUGUCAAACAAACUGUAAAACAAAUACGAAAAAAAAUUAAAUGAUAUAAUUUUAUUAAAUGAUAUAACGUUAUUAAAUAACCUUAGAUAUAUCGAACCUUAUGUUUUUCUUAUCAAUGUCUGAGAUAACGGUUAAGUUGCAUGUGGCUCAAAACUCUUAUCGAAAUAUAAAAAAAUUGUUUUCAGAUUCAUUAGAAUUGUUUUAAGGCAAAAGUUAAGCUUCAAGUGUUCUACUCGCCAUUCUUGAUGCAGCCAUUUACAUUGUUGAAAAAUAUUCUUAAGAAUUUAUGUAAAGAAUUUAAGUUUACAAAUUACGAGAUGAAAAUUUGGAUUUAUAAAAUAGUUUAAGUUCUUUUAUUCUGGGUGGCAUACUGGAUGCAUUCUGGCCGAUAAACUUUGUUUGAUGCAUUUCGAUUGAACUUUAAGAAAUAUAAAGUGCAAAAUAAAAAGACGAGUUUUUUAUAUUGAUAAACUAGCUUGUACUUCUAACUUGACCAGAAUUCAUUCUGGCCCGAAAUAGAGCUAAUUCAUUUGAUGUACUGCAUUUUUAGUUAAUUAAUUUACUGAAAAAGAUUUUAAAGCUAAAAGCAUUAUUCAAACACUAGUCAACUCUCUGUGUGAGAAUUAGUGAUGGUAGAAAAAACAUCUGUUACUUUCCAUAAAGUUUCUUCACAUCAAUAACUUUUCCCUAGAAUUGAGAUUUACCGGGCAGUUUGGGCAGUCAUUACUUUUUCAAUUUUAAACUUUAAAUUAAACUUAGUAAACAUUUGGACAAAUUCAGAGAAUGGGACAACUAAUAUUUUUUCGACUUUUUCUUUAACUUCUGUCUCAUAAAAGCAAGAAUGAAGAACCUUAUAUUUUGCCUUGUUUUGUGAGCCCCAUGUAGUAAUUGUGAACAUUUCAGCUAUGAACUUGAUCCUUUCGACUAGAAGUUCAGAAAUAUCAUUCUGUCGUUCUAUCUCUGUCUUUAAAAAAUUCCCGGCUCAUACCUUUAUAAAAGUUUGCUCUCUUCCUUUCCAGCCAUGCCAGGACACUGUCUGAAGCGCCCUUGGCCUAACAAAAGAAAAAUCAGAGUUAGGUGUGAACUCAAAGAAAGUCUGGUUUAAACUUUAAACCCUAUAUCUUGGCAACUUGAAGGUAUAAUUGUAUAUUUCAACUAAUUGUUUUCCAGUUUUAGAUAUUAAUGGUCUAAAGCAUUAGGGAGCAAAUAAGUAAGGAUUAGAUAAUUAAAAAUUAGUAAAGAAAAAAAUUUUCAAUCAUUUUUAUUUCUCUAAAUUUUAGAGCGCUACUGAAAGAAAAACACAAUAAAAAGGAUAAACUUUAGAUAUUAUCUGAAGACUUUUAAUGGGAACAUUUUGAAUCGGAGCUUUUACACUAUUUUCUUCUUUCAGUAGAUAAUUUGUAUCUAUAAAUUAUUUCUACACUUCCGUUUAAUAAAUGGUACAAGCCAGAUUCAUUUCCUAAUAUCUAAAAAUCUCAGAUAUUCCAAAUUGAUCAAUUAUGUUUUUAUCUUCGUUGAAGACUGUGAGAUACUCCCAUUAGCGCCGUGUAUUUAAAAAAAUGGUAAUUACAUAAAUGUACUUAAAGGGAGUGUUCGCGAAAAAUAAAAGGGGGUAA